AUGUCCACUCAGAGCGUUGAUACACUGCUAUGGUACGUUCUUCAAAGGGAGAAGUACUCAUUCACUCCCAGCCGUCAGAAACGGACAACAGCUACCAAAUAUCCAAAGGCUCAGGCAAGCCGUAAACGAAGGGCGGAGAGCCCUCAAAGCGAGCCCGACUGGUUAACCGAUGUCCAGCCCCUUAAAACACUAGUACGCAAGUCCGACAGGAUGGACAUGUCUGACCCAUGGUGGCAGUCGGCGUUUGUUGAGAAAGCUCUGGCUAAGGCAAAAAGUAGCUGUGAAUCAUUCGGUAUGAGCCAAGAGACACCCUGCGACGACAAUUCAAAACACGACGAUAGCCUGAAUGCGUUUUUGUGGCACAAGGAGCUUGAGGCUGCCGAUGUUGAAGCCUCCGAGGUUCAGAGCAACAAAAAGUGGCUCGACAAUAUAUCCUUUCAGCGAGAGAACUAUCGCGACUCCUGUGACACUCUGGGCAUCAACUAUUCGAAACCACGAAUCGCAGGCAUGCGGCGGAGCGUGGAGCUGAGUCAUUGGCAACCAGUUGCAAUGCAAGCGCUUGUUGAGUUUCAAGAAAAAGCAUACUGUCAAACUUCAGCUCUGCCUACCAUUAGUGUGAGCUCACUCCUUUUGGUGUAG